GAAAGGGAACAAGUCCGUUUACAGCUUAUUUAAAGGAGGAGCGGAACUGGUGGUAUAUGGUAAUUAGAGAGAUGUGGGCGGGGAAAGUUGUGGCAGAGGCGAUGAAGGACGUAAUGAUGGUACAACAUGCUAUACAAAACACACUUCUCAUUGACGCCAUAAUUGCAAGCGGACAAGAGGAAUGCACCACUCAUUAUAAUAACACAGAGGCUGCAGCGGAAAAAAUGAGUUACUUCUAUAAUUUAUAUAAAGAAGGUAAACACCUUCUGCCACAAGAUACCCAGAAUGCAUUGCAGAGGAAGAUCGAUGUGAACGUUGGUGAAAGGGAGAGUAGGACCGUCAGCUCAUUGCUUUAUACAGGUGGAGACGAGCAGAUAUCUCCAAGGCUGUGGUGUGGCUUUAAUGACGGAAGAAUCAAAGUUUUUAAUGCUGUCACUUGGACAUUAGAAAGUGAAAUAAUUGUGGAUCAUAAAUCAAAUGUGGCGUGUCUCACAGCUGUAGACGACAAUCAUGUAUGGGCUGGAUCUCAUGGAAUUUUCAUCCUAGAUGCUCAUUCACUUACACUGACAAAAACUUUGCGGGAAAACUCCGACUUGGUUACUGAUAUUAUAGUAUAUGAUGAUAAAAGAUUCGUAUAUACAGCUAGUCUUGAUGGAACUAUAGUCAAAUGGAACACACAAAAAUUGAGUCGUGCAAAAGAGAAAAUAAAACUGAAAAAUUUUGUUAACAAUUCACUGCGAUCGAUGAAGAUUUACCAGGAUAGACUUAUUUGUGGAAGUUGGAAUAUUAUAAUUAUAUGUGAUCUAGAAGGUACUGUACUUAAAACUGUUGAGAUCAAGGAAAAAGACACUGUAAUAGAAAUUGAUAGCUUCACCGUUGCAAGGAAUGGAGAGGUAUGGGUUGGUGCAAGGAGAGGUGGGAAGAUCUACAUAGUGGAUUAUUCUACAGGCGAGGUUAAACAUUCAAUAUCUAUCAGUAGUAAUUGCCGUGGUAUAAACAGCAUGAAGGAAGUGGAUGGCAGGAUCUGGACCGGAACCAAGGAGGGUAUGAUCUAUAUAUAUUCUGUCAACAACAGACGGCUUUGGAAACAGUUAGUAGGUCAUGAUGAUGCUGUGAGAGUCUUAUGUGAUAUUAGAGAUAGGCAAGGAAAUGUAAAUAAUACUGUAAGGUAUAUGAUCUCAGGUGGCGGGAGUAAAGAUGGACGUGUGUGUAUAUGGAAUGCCACAGCAGACUCCUUACCAGAUUUGUCCUUAUCAGAUGAGCAUUCACAAUAAACAAUUAACGAUGUUGUUUGAUUGAUUGAUUGAUAUGACUAGAUACAAUAUCUAUUAUCUAAAAGUCAUUUGAAGUUAUGAUUGAUUGAUUAAAUGUUGAUUGAUUGAUUGAUUGAUAUGACUAGAUACAAAGUUUAAUUUAAAUUAUAAAAAUGGAGAUUAUUGAUUUACUAGAGGGUAACAGAUUUAAAGAAAUUGAUGUGCUGAAAAUUAAAAUCAAAAGGCAAAUUUGUGAUGUAUAUAGAAUGUUACAUAUAUAAUUGAAAUCACUUCCGUUUCUAAGGAUCUCAGGUAUUGAGGAGAGAGAAAACUUGAUAAAAAAGUAACAGCUUAUCUGUUUGAAACUAUCCUUGGAGUGAUGAUAUAUAAUGUCACAAAAUAUUUACAUUAAAAGUGAUGUUGAUUUAUUUUAUCGCUGAAUAAAAUCACUGUGUGAGGAAUUAUAUAUAACGAGGGCUUAGCUGCGCAUUCGAAUGAAAAAACAGUGAUUUUAUUCAGCGAUAAAAUCACUGCUUGGGAUAUAUUAUAUCAAUUCUAACA